UGGUGUGACAAUGAACACGUGUCUUGUCUCCGCAGUGCUGGCCCUGCUGGUGGGCCUGUCCACUCAGAACGAUUCUCUGGUGCGACCAGAUGAGGAAGAUGUGAAGACAGAGGAGCCAAUCCGUUUGGAUAUAAUAGCUAAAAUUCUGGAGGCAAAUGAAGGGAUAAGUGAAAAUCUGGUGGAAGGUGAUGUCGCUUUGUCAAAGAAGAGGAAUGCCAUGAAAUGCUGGGGCAGUGACUGCAAAUGGGAAAAAUCCUACAAUGGACUUGUUGAAGUACCCUACAGCUUCAGCGAUUACUUUUAUGACAGUGAAAAGGCCUCCAUAGAAAAAGCUAUGGAAACUUUCCACAGCAAAACCUGCGUUCGCUUUGUUCCACAUCGUGGCCAGUCUGACUACCUCAGUAUUGAGAGUGAACUCGGGUGCUGGUCUACCAUCGGCAAAGAUGGAGGGAAGCAGGUGAUUUCCCUGUCUGUGUACGGCUGUCUGGAUCACGGGAUUGUUCAGCACGAGCUCCUACAUGCUCUUGGCUUCCAUCAUGAGCACACAAGAAGUGACAGGGACCAGUAUGUCAGGAUCAACUGGGAAAACAUCCCAUCGGCUCAAGUCUUCAACUUCAACAGAAAGGACACGGACAACUUGUACACACCCUAUGAUUACUCCUCUGUCAUGCACUACGGAAGGACUUCCUUCACAUCAACGUAUGGAGCAGACACCAUUACCCCCAUUCCAGAUUCCUCUGUACCAAUUGGACAAAGGGAUGAGAUGUCUGAUACUGAUAUCCUCAGGAUCAACCGGUUUUACAGUUGCAGUGAGUAACAAAAUAUCCUCCUGAACAGCUUGAUGCAAUGCCUUCCCUACAAUAUAAAUACAUUUCAAGGUUUGCCUGCUUGAUUGCAUGGAAAAUGACUUAAAGAGAUAGGUUGCAUUCUGGAAACAUUGUUCAGACUUUUUCUUUUUGCUUGUUAUGUAGGAUUUAAAGGUUUCAUCUUGUAUGCUUUGAAAACAAACAUACAAGAUGACCUCAGUCUUGGUUCUUUGUGCUGACUCAUCACAUGUCCCUUUUGGUUUUUUUCAGACAUUUGAAAGGAAAUGGAUGACAACUCUGCCUUCAAAAGAUAUCUGUUUGAAUGGCAUUGUGAAAUAAAUAUAAAAAUAAGAGUUCAUGUGGUUUUUGCUUUUUGCAUAAAACAUCCGAAAUCAUAAUUUGUUAGGUUUUUAGCACUUUUCAAAUAAGCAAUAGCUUGUUAUGCUAUGAUAUCUAGCAUUCUAUUCUCUUUGCAAAAGCA